CGUAUUUGCUAGAAACCGGGGUAAAUAAUGUAUGUGGGCAUGCAAUAAUGAAUCCAAAAAGAGAGAGAGAGGCAAUUAUACCUUUCAGAUACAUUUCUUAUAUUGUUGCUGUUUAAAGCUGCUCAUACGAUGACUGCUGGUAUUAGCUUGGGUUAUUUUUGGACACAGAUUUACAGACUUACAAAGUUCAAGAAGCAAGUUCCAUAUCUAGGCCACAUGCUCCAAAAAUUAACAAAAUUUUUGUUUUACUAGUAGUAAUUAUAUUUAACUAAGAGACCGAAAUGAUUCGCCUUUCUCAUCCACUUAGUAUUUUUAUUUUUAUUGAUAUUUCUUAAUAUUUGUAUUUAAAGACCAUAACUAAUAGUAAAAACAAACAUAAUAUGAUAAUAACAAGCAAGACAAAAUAUGUUAUCUCCUUGGACGACCCUCACGAGGGAACCGUUACAUUUCUCACCGUACUGUUUCUAAAACAUUACCCUUUCAGCUGGUUGGUAUAGCCUUUGUAAUAAUAGCCUAACAGCUUCUCUUAGUGACGUGUAAAAUCACAGAAAAGUUUGGAGAUAGGCCAGGUAACAAAAAUAUGCUAAGAUUACUGUUUGUUUAUUAUUGGGUACACCACCUGCAAGAAAAAGAAGAUUGAGAAAGGAGAGUUUGAUAUUUAUUCAACUUUUGAGAACGAGCUGAUUUUAUAGAACUUAAACAGAAAACAGGACAGCUGGACAAACAUAAAUCUUUUGUCCCAAGCAUUUGGAAAUUCUACAGAAAUUUUCAUGCUGAUUGGGAGGGCAGUGGAUGCAUUUUUUCGACUAUGAUUCGUUUGUAUGAAUUGAAUAAAUAAACGAAAGAUUUAGAACGGGCUUACUGGUUUUGUUGAAUUGAUUUGCAAUGCGACUGAAACGAUUCAUCAGGACAAAUUUCCCGCUGAUUAAAACUGUGGUUACUCUCUUUCUUGUCUGCAGUGUCAUAAUUUUGCUUGAGAUAUACAAGGCUGGAUAUAUAUCUGAAGAUGCAAGUAGUUUGAAAGAACGUAUUUUUUGGAUUGACAGGAGAGACAAUUUGACACAAAGCUCCGCAUUUCUGACGAGAGAAGUUGAAAGAAGGAAAGCAAAAGGGGAAGGAGACCGACAUCCCGUGCUUAGAAUUUAUGAGAAGAACCAGAAAGGUCCAAGUAUGAAUCCAUCCUAUAUACGUAAAAACAUGAAAUCGAGAGAGAAAAACACUACUGAUAUCGAUGAUAGUUACAAGAAAAUGAAUCCUCGCCAGCUGAGCAACAAAGGUAAAGCGAAUAAUAACAAGUACUGCAAAAAGCAAAGAAUUAAACAAAGAGUAGAAAUAAUUACAAGUGAAAUCGCAUGUAAGCCUCAUAAGGCUCCCGAAGAAGCGUGUAAAUUAGCUCAUGAGUGGUACCAAAUAGACCCUAAACUGCAAACAUGCAAGACGAACCAAACUGAGAUUUACUGUGAACUUCAAGAGGUAGAUGAAAUAAAAUUCACUUGCUCGGGAAAAGGUAAGCUUAAAUCAUGCAAGAUUGGUGUUUUUAGCCAUGAUGAUGGAGAAAUAGAUUUCCUUUAUGUUGAUGACAUAACGAGGCUUGAGGAGGAAUUGGAAAGUUCAGCAAAAAUUGCACUUGGUCAUAACAACAAAUUUUUGUUCUUGGAGUGUAUCCGAAUUGACGAGAGAGAAUCCAAGAGUCAGUUAAUACUUUUGUCUUUUCUUCAAAAAAGUAUUUUCAAUCAACCAGUAAGACAAACACCAGAUGUGAACAUUGUCCUACUUGAUUCGAUUGCACGUGCGCAUUUUUUUCGCUCUUUGCCGGUUGUCCUGGAAGCAUUUGAUGACAUCAACGCAGACCCGGAAACAAAUACUGAAAUUCUCGAUUUCGAGCUAUUUCAAUCAGUGCAUGGCCACAGUGCAGAGAAUUUCCAUGCUUUCUUUACGGGGAAACUCUUUGCAAAAAAUCUGACAGAAAACGAGAAGGAGAAAAGCAGUGUGGGCAUCGAGACUUUAUACAGAUAUUUGCGAAAGGCCGGCUAUGAGACAUUGUACCAGGAUGAUGUUUGUUGGAAGUAUUGGUGGGGGAUGCGGCUGGAACUGGGUGCACCACGUGAUUGGAUGGGCAUGAAGAAAGCAAUUAAAUCUGCCUGCAUUGACAAUACAGGCCUAUCCUUCGCAAGUUGCAAGAUCCUCGCUGACAACAACUUGAAGACUCCAUUCAACGGACCGGAAGACAAUCAGAUAUGUUUUAAUGGCCGGUUUCAACACGCCUAUUACUUCGAACAUUUGCUAGAAUACUUUAGCGCGCAGAAAAAAAGAAGACGGCGGCCUCGAAUUGGAUUCACAACAAUAAACACGGCUCAUGAUUACAAAGGACUGCGCGUACAAACUUUGAAUCACGACUUGGCCGAUUUUGUUAGAAAACUGGCAAGAAUGGAGAACGUCCUCACUAUUUUGAUGGCGGAUCAUGGGAAUACAUACACAAGAUAUACCAGUGCUGUUUUAGAAGGCCGUUUCGAGAUGCAUCAUCCAAGUCUUUUCAUGAUACUGCCUCCCGCAGUCAAAUCUUACCUCGGCGAUGACGCGGUGAAGGCGUUACGCGUGAAUACGAGACGACUACUGACGAUGAUAGACCUGCACAAAACAAUGUUGGCAAUAGCAACCAAAAACGCCCGCGGGACAUUUCCUAAAGAGCGCGGGUUGCUGGAAGUAAUUCCUGCAAAUAAACGGUGUGACGAUCUUGAACUUGCCUUGCCUAAUCUAUGCGUGUGUGAAGGCUGGGAUACACCGGCUAAAAAUGACACAAAGCAAGUUGGCAUAGUAGAAUUCGCAGUUGGCUCUCUGAAUAACAUGAUAGAUACGCAAUUUAUAACUGGAAAAAGCAAAGAUAAAAAAAACUCUGAGCAGAGAAAAUGCCACAGAUUAUUCGUUUCUUCCUUCAGCAACGUGAGAGAGCGCAGUUCUGGCAGCAACUUAAUUACAACUUUGGAUUUUAUGGUGAAGGCGGGUCCUGGUUCUGGGCAGGAGGAAGACAUCUUCCAUGUUGAGGUGCAAUCAACAACCAGCCCAAAACUCAAAUCAAAACGGAUGAAACUUCUCUCUUACGACAGACUUUCGCAGUAUGGUAUUUACAGAGAGUGCAAAGAUCCAAGUGUAAAUGUAAAAUUGUGUAUUUGCUCCUUAAAAGAUAGCAAGGACUCCCAGCAUAUCUGGGAUAGUGAUGGCUUUCGAUUCGAUGGGCUCAUUAAAGCCAUGACGCGGUACCCAAAGAUCCCAGCGAGCUUAAACAUAGAGCAAUCUACGGAACAGCCAUGCAUUUUUUACUUAACGAGAAACUUUCCUGAUAAAAACGGAAAAGAAAAAAGCGUAUUUUCCGGUGUGAUAGAAAUCAUUAAUUCUUGCAAAAACAAGAAUUUCAAAGUCCUGCUUGACAUCAAAACAUUGAACUGCAAACCAUCGAAUAGGAUUCCAAGUCAGUUGAUUGUAAAACAACAUACAAUUAUGUUUGUAGCUGUGGUAAUGCGUGAUGUUUGGUACUGGGACUGUAUAUACAAUUUUGAUCCAUUUGCAGUUGAAAUAACUUAA